UUAUAAUAAAUAUAUUAUUUGAUAAACUUACGUAGAAAUAAAAUGGGCAAUUGAACAACUGCGCAAAUUAGAGAUAUGAAUGCACCAGGAACAAGAAUCCGGUCUAAAAGUUCGAAUUCAUUUGAGUUCACCGAGAAAUCAUUGGAUAAAAGCCAAAAGGAUUUCAAGCAACUUAGUAGGACAUCAGCCACAAGUCACUUAACCAUCCAGAGAAGGAAAGCCAAUACAGCUUGGGAGUCCAAACCAUCCAUGAACCUUACAAGUGACAUGGAAUCGAGUGCUGAGACUUGUACUGAAAAUAGCCCAAAACUUGAGAAGAAGAGAUCUACUUUUAAAAGUGUCAUGAAGAAGCUCCUGAAAAAUAAAUCAAAAGAAACAAAUCAUGCGAUGAUACUCCUGAACGAGUGCAUGAGAGACAACCUUAAGAUCUCCCUUGAACACUGCGAGAACUUGAUGAAAUCUGCUGACCUAAAGGACCUGCAAAAAGCAAGAGAUGCAUACACUGGACAAGGCCUUCUUCAUUUUUGCUGAAGUCAGGGCCACUUGGAACUUUUCGAGCCUCUUUUAGAAAAGGACCCUAAUCUUGUCCAUUGCAAAGAUGAUGAUGGAAAUACGCCUUUCCACAACUUGUGAAGUAACACCAAAAAUAAUGAAGCUGAGUUGAUAUCUAUGUUCAAUCUGAUGAUGAAAGAGAAGCUAGAUAUCAAUAUUGAGAACUCUAUGGGAGUCACAGGGCUCCAAAUUCUUCGAAAAAGAGCACAUGAAAGCAACCCUUACGACAAUAUUAAAAGUGUAAAGUUAUUCUAUCAGCACGUAUCAACUAUGUGAGGUAUUGAAACCAAGCCUUCCGAAAAGCGGUCAAGUAUUAUGUGGAGGGACUCUGAAUACAACCGUUCUACCUUUUCCAGCUCUCGAUCUUCAAAGAAGAUCAGGAAACAACACAGUAUGAGGAAACCUCGCACUAGAGAGAGUUUAGGCUCACAGAUGAGAAAAUCCAAUGAAAAAUUUGGAUAUUAACUUUCUAAAAAUAAUUAACUCUUUACG